CAACGAAGCAAGUGAAGACCGAGGACACAGAGAGUCAGAGAGCGAGAUAGCGAUAGGGAGAGAGAGACAGGCUUAAGAGAGUGGGAGUGGUUUUUUUUGGGGUGUUGGUGAGAUAUUUGUUCUUGCGAGUGUUGUUGGUUGGUUGCGUCUUGUGCUUCUCCGCCUCUGCCUGCCUGCCUGCCUCGAGCGCCGGUGCUUUUUCGUUUCGGAAAUUCUUUGGGUUUGGAGCGCUCGUUCGUGCACGUUCUCAUCUAAGGAGGCUUCUUGAUCUUGCUGUUGCGAAGGGUGAAAGAAGGAGAGAGGACGGUUGCCACCAGACCUCCGGUCGUCCGCGUACAACAGUUAAGGUUCAUGUCAGAUCUAGAUAUCCAGAUCCCUGGCGCCUUUGACCCAUUUGCAGAGGCGAAUGCUGAGGAUUCGGGUGCAGGUUCUAAGGAUUAUGUCCAUGUGCGGGUCCAGCAGCGAAACGGAAGAAAGAGUUUGACCACCGUACAGGGCCUCAAGAAGGAAUUCAACUACAACAAAAUUCUCAAGGACUUCAAGAAGGAAUUUUGUUGCAACGGCACGGUUGUACAAGAUCCCGAGUUGGGUCAAGUGAUUCAGCUGCAGGGAGACCAGCGGAAGAAUGUGUCGCAGUUCCUUGUUCAGGUGAUUUGUGAAUUUUUGAGGUUAAAUUUAGGGUUGUGAGUUUUGUCGCGUCCUAGGCUGUUCAUGCGUUAACCUCGUACAUUCCGGACUCUUGCAGACAACGUGGAUCACUCCUCAUUCCUAUCUAUUAAAAUUGUUUGUGUUUGUUUCAGGCUGGAGUUGUGAAGAAGGAUCUGAUCAAGAUCCACGGAUUUUAAGCUCAAUGUUUUCGCCUCCGUGGUUUAUGUCAGCAUCAGGGUGGUCACCAGGUCAAGUUGGAGGUUGAACCAUUUGUGUAGAACGGGAUGCUGGUUGAGUGUAGCAACCCGAGCAUAACUGUGAGGGAUUCUGCAGUGUACGUCAGAGAUCUGGCUUGUGUUAGGUGCUCGAGGCUCUGCACUGCUGAUACCUUUGUAAGCGUCCGGUUGCAAUAUGAUUGACUGUUUUUAUUUCCAUGGUCCGAGGAGGUUCAUAGGGGCUUUAUGUCUCUAUGACACUCUUUUGGCUUGCACAUGAUUGGACUUUUCUUUCUUAUACUUUAAUGGGCUGAAGAAGAUAAUAGAAGGUAUUUUUAUUUCUAUGAGACUCUUUGGCCAUCACGCUCAGGUAUGAGCGCGGCAAAGUCAUGUUUAGAACGAUGACUUACUGCAGCAAUUGAAACCAGAAAGUGCGAUUGACUGAAUUUCCAAUGCGGUUCUUUUGUUGACUAAGCCAAGACGGA